CAUAUCAACUCCCAUUAUGCUCAGAGAACUUGGGAGAGAUGGCAGAGGAAGACUUCAGGCCUCUAUCAGAGGAAACCAGUUCCUUCUGUCUGGCUACCGAGGCUCGUUCAGGGCCACAAGUCACUCAGCCCUUCCCACGCUCUCCAAAACUGAUCAGGAGAACUGGAGCCAUCUCCCCAAAACCCUCAGAGCUACCAGUCUUGUUGGAGGACUUAAAGAAGGAGAAGAAAAGAACAGAGUCUCAUCUGGAAUCUAUUAAAAAGAGGCAAGCCAACCUUAAUACGAGUUCAGAGGCGAUGAAGCAGCAGGUACAGGAGUGUUAUGAAGAGCUACAUAUGGCUCUGAAGGAGGAUGAACAGGCUGUUCUGGACAUGAUAGAGCAAGACCGCCGGGAGACCAGCAGUAAACUAAACCGAAUUCUUCAAGACUGGAAUCAACACCUUGGUCUCCUGCAGAAACACAUCAGCGCUAUGCAGUCAGCUCAACAGAGCCCUGCAGAGACCAUGAAGCAGUCGUUUCCUGAGGAUUUUACAUUGACUAGCUGUCGUAAGAAAAUGGACCCAGCUGAAGAGGAGAUCAAAAUGAAUGAGGAGAGGAUCCAGAAGCUCAAGAAAGUUCUCAGGAACAUCUCAAAAGAUCUGAAAGCCCAGCUACAACGAAAGAGCCUGCUGCUGGACUCCUCUAAUGUGGCGAUUGACAAACUGACCUGUCACAAACAGAUCAAGGUGACCUCAGAAGGACGGGGCCUGUCCCUUUCCACAGAGGAAGGCUGCGUUCCCAAUGACCCUCUAAGGUUUGAUCAGUUAUUCUGUGCCAUGGGCUCUGUAGGUUUUAAAUCUGGGCAGCACUACUGGGAGGUGGACGUGCACUGCUGCCCAUCAUGGGCUGUGGGAGUGGCUUACGGGAGCCUGCAGAGGAGAGGACGAGACAAAGCAGCCAAACUUGGACGGAACAGGUGCUCGUGGAGUCUUGAGUUUCAGGAUGGGCAUCUCAUGGCCUGGCACAACGAUCGACACGUGGCGCUACCCGUCACAGCAGCACGGGCAGCACCGAACAGGGUGGGGGUGUUUGUAAAAUAUCACAAGGGUCGUGUGGUGUUCUAUGAUGCUGAGACUAUGAGAACGCUGCAGGAGUUUUCAGCAGUGCAAACAGCUGUGUUUGACAGAGCAUAUCAUCAUUUUAUUGAGCCUCUCUACCCAGCUUUCCGCUUCUUCUUACCCAGAGACAAACCCACAGGCCAUCAUCAUAUGGAGAUAUGCGACCUCAGUCUUUAAUAUUGUUUGAAU